AUGGAACGUAUUCUUCUUGCUACCGACUAUCCGAAUCUAACUAAACUCAAACUUUUUUAUUUCAAAAAAGAAAUCAUUUCACAUUAUUUUACAAACGAAUCACCUCUUCGAUAUAUCUUUCAACAACAAAUUACAAAUCUUAUUCUUGUAAAUCAUGACACAUCCAAAAUGAUAGGAUCAUUGAAAAAUUAUACUUUGACUAUUAUGGAAACAUUCUAUAUAUCACAUCCAGGCUUGAUACUCUCCAAUUUACCAUCAACUACAUUCUCUUCUUCAACUCUUACUCAAUUAUGUAUCGAUGUGUAUACUUUAGACGAUUGUCUUUAUUUACUUGAUGGUCGACUCAAACAAUUGGCUACACUUAUUGUUCGAAUACAUUACAUAGAUAACUCUUCAACAAUCGUUCAUAAUAUGGAUAAUUUACCAAAUCUGAAAUGUCUCUCAUUAAAAUCUUACAUUCAAGUUAAGUCAUAUGAUAAUACAGUUCUACCUCUUCUUCGUCGUAUGUCAUAUCUGGAAAAAUUAACUUUAUAUCUUCGUAUAGAGGAUCGAGAUAGAUUCAUCGAUGGUACUCAUCUUGAAAAUGAAAUUCUUAUUAAUAUGUCGCAACUUCAUUCAUUCACUUUUUAUAUUUGUACUUAUAUCGAUACUGUUAAUUUAAUAUAUAAUUUAUCUAAUGAAGAUGUUCAACGAACAUUUAUUAAUAUUGGACAACAACAUAUAGCUAGUAUCAUCAAUUAUAUUGAUCCUAAACACAUUGUAUGUUCGAUCUUCUCAAUUCCUUUUACAUUUGAUCGUCUUGAAGAUAUUGGCAAUAUAUUUCCAAAUAUUAUAUUUAGUUAUGUUACAUAUUUGUCCGUAAAAGAUGUGGUUCCAUUCAAUCGUGAAUUCUUUAUUCGAGUUGCUCGAGCUUUUCCGUUACUGAAGACUUUUCGUAUUUUAAAUUACGAUUCACAACCAUUAUGUAAUCUUAAUAGUAGUCAAUCAUAUGAAAUUGCUGAAUAUCGUUAUCUUAUCUAUCUUGACAUGCUAUGUGGAAAUAUUAAUUAUCUUGAGCAAUUUUUAAAUGAAGAAAAGACAUAUGUACCACGUCUAACCAAAUUAAAAGUCGUUUAUAAUAACUUAAGAAUUGUAACAAAUAAUUUUACAAGAAAAGAAAUGCGACGUAAUUGCGCUAAGAUAAAGCAACUGCUUAUGGUAAUACCGCUGGUACAUUCAAAAGAUUUCUAUCUUUAUUUUCCUUCAUUAUAA